CUUGGUAUUUCAUAAAAUAGUUUAUUCUAACAAACUUUUGGUUAGUUCGAAUUGCUGAAGGCUGGUAAUACACACGGUUUAAAUAACGGUAAAUAAUAGUUUACUACUCGUACUACAUCUUCUUGCCUACAGUUCAUCGGAACAGUGAAUUAUUGUGACAUUAGGCAGAAGUGUCCCAAAGGUAAACGAAACCAACCGGGCACUAUCAAUAUUAGGAGACAAAUCAUUGAUAAAAUAGAUAAGGUCCCAUACAAAUACAGAAGCUUUCACAUUGUGUGGACAGUCAGAGUUAUCUACUCGUCUUGAUUGGAUGUCAUUGGCCAAACGAAUAAGCUCCAACUCAAUUUGUAGAUCUACUCAAUUUGUAGAUAAAGCAUAGAUUGUGCGUUGAACAAGUCAAACGGUAGAAAGCCAAUUAUGAAGCUGGACGUUGUUUCACCGAAAUUUGAUGAAUCCGUACUAGACGACAUCAUCCGUGUUAGUGGUGGCAACAAAUGUACAUCGUGGAGUUUCGUCGAUAGUGAGUUUGGGAAAGGAGAUUCCUAUCUUAGCGAAGUUUAUCGUAUCACACUGAAAGAUGAAACUACUAAGACGGCGGCUGAUAGUAGUCCCCUUAUCGUGAGGGUAAUCGUAAAAACAAUCCCGAAAAAUGUUGGACGUAGGAAAACAUUCCGCUCUGCAGACUUUUUCCGUAACGAGAUCAAUUUCUACAACGUGGUUUUAAGCGAGUUUGUUAAAUUCCAACAAACGAAAGAGCUCAAAACCGGCUUCAACGAGUGCAGCACAAGCGUGGCAUCGUUUUCGGAUGGUGAAAAUGAUUUCAUAGCCAUGGAAGAUCUAAGUCAAUUCGGAUAUGGAUCGGCUUCAAGACAAGAAGGAGCUGGCUUGGCAGAAUGCAUCUUGUGCAUGCAGACGAUUGGUCGCUUCCACGCAUUAUCUCUGGCCAUGAAAGAUCAGCAGCCAGAUAAGUUUCAUCUGCUCGUAAAGCAUAUCGAGGAUACGUAUUACGCUGACGAGCACAAGACUUGGUAUAAAAAAUUCCAGGAUGUUCAGAUCCAAAUCGCCAAGGACGCCAUCAGCCAGGUGUAUGGCAACACGGAGCUGGAGACGAAAGCCAAUAAAUUCUUAGAUGGUGAUUUGUAUGAUAAAAUGGUGUAUUUGACCCAUACUCGGAACCAGAACUCAGUCAUCAACCAUGGCGAUUGUUGGCUGCCAAAUUUCCUAUUCCGCUACGAUUCGGAGGGAGCUCCCGUGUCAGCAAAGAUGAUAGAUUUUCAACUUGCGCGCUACUCAUCCCCAGCUUUAGACAUAUCGUUCUUCAUUUAUUCCUGUACCUCGCAGCAACUUCGUGAAGCACACUAUGAGGAGUUACUGAGUGCAUACCACCGAAGUUUGUCCGAUAUGCUUCGGGAUCUUGGUUCGAACCCGGAUGAAUUGUUCUCAUUUUCGGAUCUUCAGAAGGAAAUGCAUGAAUUUGCUCGAUUUGGUGUCGGCAUGGGUAUUGAGUCCGUGCCAUUCUCGUUACUGGAUGAGAGUGAAGUUCCUGAUUUAGAUCAAAUCAAAGGCGACGAGGCUAUACCAAUCGAAGUGGUGUGGAUUCUGAAGAACAUCAAAACUCAAGAAGGAAGACGUCGAUUAGCUGACGUGUUCAAGCACGCUGAUGGCUGUGGGUACCUUGAUUAAUAUGACAUUUUUUUGUCGGGAAGUUGCCCUAUUGUGAACGGUGAACAUGGACAAGAUGGAUGACACGAUGAGGAGGAUUUCAAUACAAUUUGAGUUUGAAUUUUAAAUAAAAUUAGAAAUAAAUUUAUUUUUAACCGGUAAUAUAA